UUGCCAUCAACCAUCAUGGCAGUUUUGUGUCGCAAUCGAAGGUCAGACUCACUCUCGCUUCUGAUUGGACCAGCCCAUCUAAGUCCCGCCCUCCCUCUCCUCCAUGUGGCCUCUCUCUUCUCUGACCGCGCCUCCCGCCUGUCAAUCAAACUCCUCUCAGCCAAUCAGGAGCUUUUGUCCUUUCGACUCGCGCCCCAUACGUCCGCCGGCGAGCCAGAGCUUCCAUCCAACAUGUCGGCAGCGUUCCCCAUGUGUGUGCGGGCCAGCCGGGGCCUCCUGGGGGGCACCCGGGGCCUCCUGCGGCUCCACGGCGGGGCGGUGGUGGAUCCGGUCCGGACGCUCUCCACGGAGAAGCCGCCGGCCGGGGCGGGAGGUGCGACGGGAGGGCUGGCUCAGGCGAUCCUCCAGGAGAGGCUCCAGCAGCAGCAGCAGAGCCAGGGUCAGCCGCCUCCCGAUGGCGGCGAGGGAGAGAAGGAGGGAGAGCAGAAGGACGACAAGAAGCAGAAGGAGAACACGGCCUACGCUAAGAAGAUGGUGCUCCGCCUGGCCGGGCUCAUGGGGGUCGGCGGGGCGGUCGGCAUGGUCUACAUAUUCGGCACCAACUCAGCGGAUGAACAAGGAAACCCGGUGAGUUUAAUCCUCACACACACACACACACACACAUGA